GCACAUUGGCCGCGCAUGCGUAAUGCGGAGAAGCAGGCGCCUGCGCGCUGGGGGGCUGUUUUGCGGGCGUUGCGCAGAAGCAGCCUCAGCUCUGAGGGCCUGCGAGAAGGGGGAGUCGGUGCUGUGCCGGACCCGCUUCGUACCCAGGAAUUGGGUGGCCUUGGUGCAUUAGGUGGAACUUCCUGCGCUAUGGGAAAGAAAACCAAGAGGACAGCAGAUAGUUCGUCCUCUGAAGAUGAGGAGGAGUAUGUUGUGGAGAAGGUGCUAGACAGGCGUGUUGUGAAGGGUCAAGUGGAGUAUCUUCUCAAGUGGAAAGGAUUCUCUGAGGAACACAACACUUGGGAACCCGAGAAGAAUCUGGACUGCCCCGAGCUGAUUUCCGAGUUUAUGAAAAAAUAUAAAAAAAUGAAGGAGGGUGAGAACAACAAAUCAAGAGAGAAAUCCGAAAGCACAAAGAGGAAAUCCAGCCUCUCCAACAGUGCUGAGGACAUCAAAACCAAAAAGAAGAGGGAGAGCAACGAUAUUGCCAGGGGCUUUGAAAGAGGAUUAGAGCCAGAAAAGAUCAUCGGUGCCACAGACUCCUGUGGAGAUUUAAUGUUCUUAAUGAAAUGGAAAGACACAGAUGAAGCAGACCUGGUCCUAGCAAAGGAAGCCAAUGUGAAAUGCCCGCAGAUUGUGAUAGCGUUUUAUGAGGAGAGACUGACCUGGCACGCGUAUCCAGAGGACACGGAAAACAAAGAGAGAGAAGCAGCGAAAAGCUAAAGUGCCAUCCUGGGCCAUCCUUAGCUGUACAUACACAUCCACCCGACCUGACCACAUCCAUUGAAAUGUGCUUAUUACUGUGCUCCCAGGAGAAACCUUGUUAUUGGUUCAGUCAUAACAUAAAUGGUUUGCUUCAUGUUCAGCUUCAUCUCUAGUGAAACCCACGA